GCCUGUGGCAACGCCCUGCCCCCCGGCAGCACAAUAAUGAAGUAGGCCAGAGCUGGACACUUGUAACCAAAGCGGGGAUCAGGAAUUGCUGGUUCCAGGAGCCGCAGCGCUGCCUCUCCGCCUUACUCUUUCUCUGCGUCUUGUGGUUCUUAACGAUAAAUGAUACACGAGGGGUGGGUGGAGCUGGGGCCCUGCUCCCGCGGGGUGGCUCUGCCUGUCUCUGGGGGCCUGGUGUGUAAAAUGCUCAGCACGGUGAACACUUUGCUGUUAUCAUUGCGUUAGAGCUGGGGCUGGGGGGCGGGGAUCUUUCCCAGGACGCGGGAUGAGGCUGGGGGCCAGGACCUGGCAGCCCCCAAAGGGGCUCAAAGUGGAGUCGUGACGAGUCAAGCCGAGGCUCCUCCCCCUCAGGAAUUAGUUGAUAGCCUUUUGGACCCCAGCCCUGCAGCGAGCGACAGCCCAGGCAACCAAUCAGGUGCGGGGACGGCUUCGGGCAGGGCUCCCAUUGGCCCGCUCCGCCCCUCCAGGGACAGAAGGGACCCUUAAAUAAGUGCCUGCUGUUCGGCUCCAAGCAGAGCUUCCAGGAACCCUGUACCGUGAGCUAGAGGCACGAGGUUCAGGGAGGGCCAGGGGUUGCCCGCAGCCACACAGUGCGUCUCAGCCGGACCCUCCGUCGUGUGCUCUGUGCAUUCCCACCAUGGCCUUCUGGACACAGCUAAUGCUGCUGCUUUGGAAAAAUGUCCUGUAUCGCAGGAGACAGCCGAUCCAGCUCUUGGUGGAGUUGCUGGGGCCUCUGUUUCUCUUCUUCAACCGGUGCCACUCCCACCCCCGACUGGAGCAACAUGAGUGCCACUUCCCCAACAAGCCGCUGCCCUCGGCCGGCACCCUACGGCUCCAGGGUCUCAUCUGCAGCAUGAACGACACCUGCUUCCCGCAAUCCGCGCCCGCCGAGCAGCCAGGUGUCCUCAGCAACUUCAAGGACACCCUCGUCCUCUGGCUCCUGGCAGAUGCCCACACCAUCCUUGGGGGUGGGGGAAGAGCCCACAGGAUGCUGGCCAGCCUGGGAAAGCUAAUGCCAAUGUUGAGAGCGGCGGGCGGGGCAGCCCGGCCUCAGCCAAGCAACCGGCUGCGGGACCACCUGCCCCUGACCACUGAGCUACUGGGGACACUGCUUCGAGAAAUGAGAUGGGCUCCCACCGUGGCCUUCUGGGCUUCCCCAUCCUGGCCAGGGGCCUCUGGUUCCGGCUUCCGGGCCUUUUCCUGGGCUGUCCCUGGCUCCUGGAGGGACGAGGGACGGGUGCCCAGAUGGGCUGUGUCCAGCAUGGUGGUGAAGUGUCCGCAAUCCCUGGCGUCUGGGCUGGACCAAGCCCGGGAGUCCAUGAGGAGCUUCCUGGAGGCAGCAGAGAACGUGGCCCAGGAACUCCUGGCACUGCCCGGCCUGGUGGAGCUGUGGGCGCUGCUGCGGAGACCUCAGGGGACUAGCCGGCCCCUGGAGGCCGUGUCGGAAGUCCUCUGCGGUGCCAAGGGCCCUGGCGUCCCAGGGGGGCCCUCCCUCGACUGGUAUGAGGCCACCCACCUGAAGGAGUUGGUGGGGCAGGAGCCCGCCCCGGGCCUGCCCGACAGCAGCCUGAGCCCUGCCUGUGCUGAGCUGAUGGGAUCGCUGGAAACCCACCCACUGUCCCUCCUCCUCUGGAGGCGCCUGAAGCUGCUAGUCCUGGGGAAAGGCUUCACCAGGCGGCUCACGGCCCAGGGGAACCGGACCUUCUAGAAGCUGGCUCUACUGAAGGGCCUCCAGGAGGUGUGGGGUGUGCUGGGACCCCAGCUCUUCAACUACUUGAACGACAGUACAAAUGCGGCCAUGUGGCAGGUUAGGCCAGGAUGUGGGGGCGAGUGUGCAGGCGGCUUGUGGAAUCCAGGGGAGCUCAGGGAGGGGGACCCAACUUGGAGCAGUGCGCCAUUCCAAGGAAAGCCUGAGGAGGGCCACAGCCUGGCCCUGCAGAAAUCUGAUGGCCGAGCUGGGCCGCGCCCUGGUGUCCCCGAGGAAGAAGCGCCGCCUGGCCCUGAGGUUCAGGGGAGGAUCCGGGCACCCAGGCCCCACACCCAGGCCCUUCCUCAGUGUGUGACCCAGGACAAGCUGGAGGUGGCACCCUCAGAGGCAGCCCUGAUGGCGCGGGCCCUGGAGUUGCUAGCGGAGCACCACUUCUGGGCCGGCAUCGUCUUCUGGGGCCCGAGGGACCUUUGGAACCCCGCACAGCUCGCAGGCCCUGGUCACCCGCGCAUCAAGAUCCGCAUGGAUAUCGACGCCUUCGCGAGAACCAAUAAGAUCAGGAAUAGGUUCUGGGACCCGGGCCCGGCUGCUGACCCCUUGACAGACCUGCGCUAUGCCUCUACCCGCAGCAGACGCCCUCCCCGUGCUACGCGGAUGACGCGUGAGCGCCCCCUCCCUGCGCAUCCACCCCCCUUCCGCCGCCAGAUCUCGGCUCGGGCUCCGUUUGGAACAUUCAUGCGGUCGAGGCUGCGAGCCACUGGUUUGGAAGGACCACUCCCUGUGACCUGUAGCGGGAGGAACCGGGAUCCCGGAGGGGCUGGGGUCCCCGGGGGCAGGGAGAACGCGGCCUGUGAGGACAGCUGGGAUCCUAAGGCUGGAACAGGGGUCAGGGGACAUCCGGGGCCCAGCUGCGCCUUUGGAUCUCCAGUGCCCGUGGGGGCUGCUCGGGGCCUCUGGCCUCCACCGCAGCCGCGCCCCUGCCUCAGGGUCCUGCGUGUACAGAACCGGUCGCUGCCGCUUUUCCUGACCUGGAUCCACUCCGUGGCGCCGGCGGUGAAGGCCGUGGUGCGAGGGAAGGAAAGGAGGCUGCGCCACACGAUGCAGGCCCUGGGGCUCGGCAGCGCGGUGCUGUGGCUCGGCUGGUUCCUCAGCUGCCACUCGCCCUUCCUUGGCAGCACGGCGCUGCUCGUGCUGGUGCCCAAGCUCGGGGACCUCCUCCCCCAUAGCUACCCGGCCGUGGUCUUCUUGUUCUUGGCGGCUUUCGCCGUGGCCGCCGUGGUCCAGAGCUUCCUUCUGAGCGCCCGCUUCCCGCGCGCCAACCUGGCGGCGGCGUCAGGCCUGGCCUACUUCGUGCUCUGUCCGCCCUACGUGCUGUGCGUGGCCUGGCGAGACCGGCUGCCUGUGGGUGGUCGUCCCCACCGCAGUCUUCUGUCGCCUGUGGCCUCUGGGUUCGGCUGCGAGAGCCUGGCGCUGCCGAAGGAGCAGGGUGAAGGCGCCCAGUGGCACAGGGCGGGCACCGGGCCCACCCCUGGCGUCUUCAGCCGGGCCCAGGUCUCUGGAAUCCUGCUGCUCGACACUGUGCUCUAUGGCCUCGCCACUUGGUACCUAGAGGCCAUCUCCCAGGUGGGAGCACCGCUCCUCCCAGGCCAGUAUGGGAUCCCCAAACCGUGGAACUUUCCCUUUCGGAGAAGCUAUGGGUUUGGGCCUUGUUCUCCCAAGGGCUCCACCCCGCCUCCCACCCCGAAGGACCCAGAGGCCCUGAUGGAAGAGGUCCCACCCGGCUGGAUUCCUGGGGUCUCCGUACGGGGCCUGGAGAAACGCUUUCCUGGCAACCCCCAGCCAGCCCUGCGUGGGCUCAGCCGGGACUUCGGCCAGGGCCAGAUCACCACCUUGCUGGGCCACAACGGAGACGGCAAGGCCACCGUGCUGUCCCUACCGUGUGGCCUCUUUCCACCCACUGGUGGCUCUGCCCGCAUCCUGGGCCACGAUGUCCAGUCCAGAAUGGAAGCCGUCCGGUCCCACCUGGGCGCCUGCCCGCAAUACAACGUGCUGUCUGACGUGCUGACCUUGGAGGAGCGCAUCUGGCGGUCGGAGGGCCUGAGUGCAGGAGCUGUGAGCCCCGAGGAGGCCCGUCCACCGCAGGACGUGGGGCUUGUCCCCACGCGUUGUGCGCAGACCCGCCGCCUCUCUGGUGGGACACGGCAGAAGCUUUCAGUGGCCAUCGCCUUUGUGGGCGGCUCCCAGGUUGUCAUUCUGGAUGAACCCACGGCUGGUGUCGACCCUGCUUCCCGCUGCAGCAUCUGGGAGCUGCUGCUCAAAUACCGAGAAGGUCCCGCCCACCUGCUGUCGCUCGUGCGGUGCCUGGUGCCCGGGGCGCGACUGGUGAAGGAGUUGCCCUACGGGUCUCCCCCAGCAGCACACCCCGGGGAGGAGGUCUUCCCGAAGGUGGUAGAGGCUUGCGCUGCAGACGUGGACCCAGAGGACGCGGCCACAGGGCGGCACCUGGACGCGGGCCUCGCUCCCCCAGACGUGACCUCACGGCUCAAGGUUCUGCCGGAAGAGUCGGCCCUGGAGAACGGGGAGCUAGCGGCGUCUGCCCCGGAAACACGGGUCCUGCAGGGCUUCGGGCCAGACCCCGCGGGCCGGGGACAGGGCUGGGCGCUGACCCGCCAGCAGCUCCGGGCCCUGCUUCUCAAGCGCUUUCUGCUUGCCUGCCGUGGCCGCCGUGGCCGCCGUGGCCCGUUUACGCAGAUGGUUCUGCCUGUCCUCUUUGUGGGCCCGGUCCCGGUGCUCAGUCUCCUCGCGCCUCCUGACGGGUCGGAACCUGUCCCGACUUCCUGGUCAAGACCCACCCCCGCCUGGUGCGCCAGGGGCCAGCCGCCACCUGCACGCGUUCAGUUUGCCCAGAGGAGGGGGCCGGCGCUCCGGACGGCUCUCCGUGGGGGGGCCGCCGCCCCCCCCCCCCCCCCCCGCAUCUCCCGUCAGGUGAGGAGGGCCGUUCCCGCGCCCCCUGCCCACCCGCUAGGAGGCUUUCCUGCCCCGCCCUCCCUGAGCCCACUGCCCCGCAGGUAUGGGGGCUUCUCCCUGGGGGGCCGAGACCCAGGCCUGCCCUCAGGGCAAGAGGUGAGCCACUCAGUGUGGGGGCUGCCGGUGCUGCUGAACCCCCGACCCGGCGGGGCCCUCGACCGUGUCCUGAGCAACCCCACAGCCUGGGCUCACGGCCCGGACACCGAGGACAGCCUCAAGAUCUGGUUCAACAAGGGCCGGCACGCCGUGGUGGCCUUCAUCGGCAGGGCCAACAACGCGCUCCUACGUGCCCACCUGCCCCCAGGCCCUGCCCGCCACGCCCACAGCAUCACCACGCUCAGCCACCCCCUGAACCUCACCAAGGAGCAGCUGUCCGAGGCUGUGACGGCCGCCUCGGUGGACGUGCCCGUCUCCACCUGCGCGGUCUUCACCGUGUCUUUCGUCCCAGCCAGCGUCACCCUUGUUCUCAUCGAGGAGUGGCCUCUGCAGUUUAUGGGGGGCCCGCCUCCCACUCUUCACUGGCUCAGCAACUUUCUCUGGGACGUGGUGCGGGGAGUGCUUUGGAACUACCUGGUGCCAGCGUGCGUGGCGGCGCUCACCUUUCCGGCUUUCCAGCAGAGGGCGUACGCGGCUCCCGCCAACCCACCUGCCCUCCUGCUGCUGUUACUGCUCUGCGGGUGAGGCCUCCGCCCCCCUCGGAGCCCGUUCUUUCAUGUGCCCAGCACAGCCUGUGUGGUGCUCACCUGUGUCAACCUCUUCGUUGGCAUCAACGGCGGCACGGCCACCUUCGUGCUCCAACACUUCUCUGGUCGGGUGGCGCUCUGCAAGUCUGGGCCUCAGCUCCGGACGCACGUCCCUCUUCCUGUCCCUGAGCAGAAGCUGCAGGAAAUGAGCCACAUCCGGAAAAGGGUCUUCCUGGUGUUCCCCCACUUCUGCCUGGGCCGGGGGCGUGUGGACAUGGCGUGAGACCAGGCCGUGGCUGACGCCUUCGAGCGCUUAGGAGACGGGCAGUUCCAGCCCCCCCUGCACUGGGAGGAGGUUGGUAAGAACCUCUUGGCUGUGGUGGUACAGGGGCCCCUCCUCCUCCUCCUCAUGCUCUUGGCGACCACCUGCUGCCACGGUCAACCCCAGCUGAGGUCGCUGCCCCCCCCCACCCCGGGGCAGGAGGAUGAGGAGGUGGCCCGUCAGGAGCGGGUGGCCCGAGGGGCCACCGAGGGGGACGUGCUGGUGUCGAGAGACCUGACCGAGGUGGGCGCAGUGCUGGGCGUGCCGUGGGCAGAGGGACGCCAGCUGUCGAUCCCCCCUGGUGAGUGUUUCGGGCCCGUGGGAGUGAACGGAGCAGGGAAGACGUCCACAUUUCGCAAGCUGGCGGGGGACGCGCUGCCGGUGGUGGUGAGGCUGUGCCGGCUGGCUACAGGUGAGCGGGCUCGGGCCCCCAAGCCUGCGUGCGUCCCCACGCGGCGCUCUCCCAGGCACGACCGCCCACACCCCUGCAUGUGGACCGGUGGCCAGGGCCUAGCCAAUUCCCUGAGCCCCCUGUGCCCCAUCCCCCAUUGCCAGCAUGGCCGGGAACCUUCCGCCGCGCACCGCCACAGGGGCUAAUGCCCUCAGUCGGACGCUGUCUUCGAGCUGCUGGCCGGCCACCAGCACCUGGAACUCUUCACCCGAAGCUCAGGUUCCCCAGACAGCGAGCUUGGGCCCGGCGGCGCGCGUGGGGCUCCUGCAGUUUCGGACCCACCUGCGGGCACCUACAGCGGAGGCAACAAGAGGAAGCUGGCGACAGCCGUGGCGCUGGUGGGGGACCCGGCUGUGGUCUUUCUGGACGAGUCCACCACGGGCACGGACCGCUCCCGGCGCUUUCUCUGGAGUAGCCCCCUCCCGGCCGUGGCGCGGGAGGGCCGCUCCGUGGUGCUUACCGCACACAGGUGGGUCCCCAGCGCCCGCGGCCCAGGGUCAAGGUGGGCCAGGCCCCAGCGGGAGGCCGUCAGAGCUGGAGCGGCCCCGACCUUUGGGAGGAGGGCACGCCGGGGACGGUGGCCCCAGGUGGCCCCAGCCUGGCGGGAGCUGACGGCGCCGGGCCCCGGGCUGCAAGGGAGAGUGUGUGGCGCUCUGCACGCGCCCGGCCAUCACGGUGACGGGCGGGUCCGCUGUCCGGGCGGCGCGCAGCCCCUCGAGAGCAGGCCCCGCCCACCCACCCACCCAUCCGGGUUUGGCGCCGGCCACACGCUGACCCUGCGGCCCGCAGCGCGGUCCGAGUUGGCGGAGGCCUUCGAGGCGGCCGCGUUCCCGGGGGCCGCGCGCUUCCAGGUGCCGCCGGGAGGGCGCUGCGCCCUGGCUCGCGUCUUCGGAACGCGGCGUGCACUUCUCAGGGAGCCAGACCACGUGCUCCUGUACUUCUCCAAGAACCAGGGGGAAGAGGAGGGGGACGGGUAG